AUGGGUGCCGGAUAUGUUUUGAAUGUUUGCGGUUGUGGCUCCUAUAAUGACAACAGUUCACAUUUUUUGCUACUUUUGUUACUGAUGUUGCAGGAUGUCAUUCCCCAAUAUCCAACCACUUGUCCAGUGGAGUGGCUUGAUGCUGAGGAUCCACUUUUUCUACUCUAUACAAGUGGGAGUACCGGAAAACCAAAGGGUGUCGUCCAUACAACUGGUGGUUAUAUGGUAUUCACAAUUCUGCUUUUCAUUGAAGAGCAUUGCCACUUGGAGAUACCAGAAGAAGGCUUUUUUGGGACUUCCAUUCAUGGAAGAUUUUCUUACUGA